AGUAUAGUACCUGUUAUGGUUGAUGGAAAACCAACAGAACUUUUUUUACAAGAUUUAUCUGGAGCAGAAAAUUACAAAGUUUACAGAGAAUUGUUUUAUCCAGGAAAUGAUGUAUUUAUUAUUUGUUUUUCACUUGUUGAUCCAGCAAGUUUUGAAAAUGUUAGAGCUAAAUGGUAUCCAGAAGUACGUCGUCAUUGUCCAGCAACACCAAUAAUACUUGUUGGUACAAAACUUGAUUUACGUGAAGAUAAAGCAACUAUUGAAAAAUUAAAAGAUAAAAAACUUGCACCAAUAACUUAUCCACAGGGUCUUGCAAUGGCCAAAGAAAUCGGAGCAGUCAAAUAUGUGGAAUGUUCAGCAUUCACAAAAGAAGGCCUGAAAACUGUUUUCGAUAAAGUAAUACGUGCUGCAGUAUUUUGUCAAGUACCACGAGUAUAAAAUAAACGCAAAUGUUGUCUUCUAUAA